UACAUGAGUGAGAUUUAAGAAGACAAAUACUUGCAAUAGCAAGAGGCCAAACUUUAAUAGUGUCUUAAAGAGACAGUUAACUCCAAAAAAAGCUUGCUGAAAAUGGCCUUGCUGAAGUUGCAUUUGCAGAUAAUUUACACAAAAUUCAUGGCCCGUUGCAUAGGGUCCAAUAUUGAUGUUGUACCUUCAAUGUGUCACAAAAUUUUAUGCAAAAGUUCAUACAAAACCUGAAAGGUACUCCACGAAACCAUUGUAUAAAGACUGCGCGUGAUGCAAGAUACUUAAUUAGUUCACAUUGGGUGUCCUUGGUCGAGAUCAAGAAGCGAAGCUUUCUAUAACAAUUGCAUUUGCAAUGCAAGCAAGAAACGCUUUAUGCUUAUUAUUGAAGAGACGUAGAAUAAAAGCAAUUUCAUAGUGUCUUGGAAACAUGUCGAGACCUCACUUCAAUGUCGACAGACUAGGGAUGCUUUCCUUGAGACAUUUUGAACUGGAAAACCAAGCAAACGAUCUUCGUUAUCUGCAUUUGAAGGAGAGGAGUUCGAUCAGCCCCUCGCCGCUUCAGUGGACAGACGAUUGGGAGAGUCCAUUAACCUCACCAACAGAAAACAGUUUUCACGAAAACAACGAGAACGAAGACAUUUUGGAUCAAACGAAUGACGAAACCUUUCGUUAUGGCGUCGAAAAUCACGAUAAAGAUAGAUUUUCUUUUGAAGAAACGACGUGUCGGUACAGAAGAGGAGCUAAUGUUACGGGAGGUGGCUCCAAACGCAACGAACGCGAACGCAACAGAGUUCGUCUGAUCAGCGAAGGCUUCGGAGAACUACGCAAACACGUGAUGAUUCAACCGUGCAAGAGGAGACUACCAAAGCUGCAAAUACUGCGAAUGGCAAUACUAUACAUCAAAGACCUCGAGAAUAUGAUUUGUGAGAGCGAUAUGAAGCAAUCUCUCGGGCAUAUCAACAGGCCGUCAUACUGUUCUCCAAGCGUGAGACCGCAGAAGACCUACCAAGAAGAACACAAACACGGUGAGCCAUGUUCCGGUGAGGAAUGAACACCAAACCUUUAUUCCCAACCACGUGCUGUUUUUAAGCGACUCACGGAGUAAGAAUACAAAUAUGAGUGAGCGAAGACCAGAUGUUACAGUAGUUUCCAUGUAAUCUUGAGCGUAGUUGAUAUUUUUGAAGUCAGAUAGACAUAUUUAAUCCGAAGCUAAUAUUUAGUGGAUAGGAAGUAGUUUUCAAUUUAGCAUUCAUUUUUAGUUAUAAAGAAGUAGUUUUUCAACCAAUACACGGAAUUAUGCUCCAUGAAAAA